CUAGAAGAGAUGGGUGACUAUCUUUUGCGCAAAUUUCUGCUGCCUGCUCAAAAUUGUUCUGCCAGAGAAAAGUAAAGAGAUGUGAUCAAUACCAAGCACACAAAUAAAGUUCGUGUUGGCCAGAUCAAUAUGAAACAAUGUGGUCAAAGACAGCAUAUGUUGUGCUUGGUGCUGUGGUGUUGUUGUGGCAUCCCGCCGAUGGUCACCGACGAUGCAACGUUCCAUGGCCUCUGCAUCCACAUAUCGGUCUCGGCAUUCUCCAUCCUCACACGUGCAUCACGAUCUUCGUUUUUCGAGUAAUCAGGCUACACUCUACAGGAGCUUGGAUUCCUGAAGAUAUCAGCACCGAACACCGGGCAGACAAGGCUUGGCUACCCUUGGCUUGUGGGUCGUCAAUGAUCCACGUGGGACUUUGUGGAUACGAGUAGCUUCCACCGAUCAGUGCCUUACAACUCACUAAGACAACCUCAUUUCCAGGAAGAAAUUGCUGAAAAGAGCAGGUGGAAAGCAUCUUGCCAGCUGAGGCUUCACGCUCGAUGGUACAGUUUCAGG